AUGUCUCCAACAUUCCAAAUCCACUACUUCGCCAGUGCAUCCACCUACACGGGGAAGAACACCGAACGCCUCCCCGCGCCGCUCCCACUCUCCUCUCUCUUCAACACACUCGAGGCGCUGUACCCGGGGAUCAAAGAGAAGGUGCUCGCCAGUUGUAGUGUGAGUUUGGGAGAUGAGUAUGUUGACGUCGAAGGUGAUGUUGAGGGGUCGGAUAGGAGUGUAGUGAUUGGGGAGGGGGAUGAGGUCGCGAUUAUUCCGCCUGAGACGCUUUAA